AUGGUCAUGGAUCAAUUCGGCAACCGCGUUUUUGACGUGGGUUUUGUGGCUUUCGACGAACUGGUUGCGGAAGGAGUGGGAGCUGAGGUGCUUGUGGUCUGGGACUUUUGGGAGGGUGAUGAAGUUGACACGUCGCAAUACGGGAGAGGCUUUGAGGAAGGCUAUCGGGUCGCACAUAGACAAGUGCUACCGUGA